ACGUCACCCCUCAAACCACGUCACAUUAUUUUGACCUUCCAAAAUGCUUUUCACACCGACCGAGAAACGCAAGCCGUCAAAUUUCGCCUGUAUUUAGUAACUGUCCGAGCGAGCACGCGUGCAUUCGACGUCAAAUGUGCCUCUUUUUCGUUGCCACAUGUAACGCACGUGUCGUCCGGUUCCAGGAACUGCAACAAUAUUAACCUUUAAUUUGCCAGAGAGCUUAGUGUACGCCCUGCGAAAGCGGUCGGGGGAAAAUAAACACCUUAGAUGAACUUCGCGAAAAAAUCGAAACGGUGUCGCUCUGCUUGAGGCUAAGGGUUUUUAAAACUAAUGAAAAGUAAACGAGGGUUUAAAUCGCGCCCCGCUCCGGUCCGUUAAUCCGUGACGUGUUUUCCACGCGCCAUCUCCAUGUUUUGACUACCACCACCAACAGCAACACGGUGAACCCUGCCAACACAUAGCCGUUGCGCUUGCAAUCCCCUCUGUGUUUUUCAACAAAAUGGCUGAUUUAGGGGAUGAUACCGGAGCGAGAGCCCUGCUGGCGCUCAAAUCUGCGCCUUGUAGCCCGGUGGCUGUUUCUGUGCCGCCGGUGUACACGCUUUCCUCCUCGACUUCGCCCGGAAUCACAUCAUCCAUGUCCCUCUCCCCUCCGUCGCAGGCCCUCGCUCGCCUGGAAGGCAGGGACUUCGAGUUCGCCAUGCGCCAGAGGACGGUCACCGUCGGGCGGAAUUCGUCGCACGGCUCCGUGGAUGUCAACAUGGGCCACUCGAGCUUCAUAUCCAGGAGACAUCUGCAGAUCAACUUCGAGGAGCCGCAUUUCUACCUACGCUGUCUCGGCAAGAACGGUGUGUUUGUCGAUGGCGUUUUCCAGAGGAGAGGCGCACCUCCACUUCUCCUGCCGAGGGAGUGCACAUUUCGAUUUCCCAGUACAGUGAUAAAGAUUCAGUUUACGGCGCUGUACCACAAGGAUACACAGAAGGAGGAGGCUCCUGUAUCCCCUGUGAGACCCCUUUACCCUCAGAUCUCUCCGCUGAAAAUCAGCAUUCCUGAAAAUGACUUCAGAAGUAUGAUGAGUCCCUUGCCUUCACCAACAGGAACUAUUAGUGUUCCCAAUUCCUGCCCAGCGAGUCCUCGGGGUGCAGGCUCCUCAGGAUACCGCUACGGGCGCAACAUCACCUCAGAUCUCCAGCUGGCAGCAGAGUAUGCAGCCAAAGCUGUGUCAGAACAGCGCACUGAAGCCACAGGAGGAGACAGUCCUAAGGAUGAGUCCAAACCUCCAUACUCGUACGCUCAGCUGAUAGUCCAGGCCAUCUCGUCUGCCCCUGACAGACAGCUAACACUAAGUGGCAUCUACGCUCACAUCACCAAGCAUUACCCCUACUACAGGACGGCCGACAAAGGCUGGCAGAACUCCAUUAGACACAACCUAUCUCUGAACCGCUACUUUAUUAAAGUGCCACGCUCGCAGGAAGAGCCAGGAAAAGGUUCGUUCUGGCGUGUGGACCCCUCUUCAGAGUCCAAGUUGGUGGAGCAGGCCUUCAGAAAGCGCCGGCAGAGAGGAGUGUCCUGUUUCCGCACACCCUUUGGCCCGAUGUCCUCAAGAACGAAGAGUGCUCCAGCAUCUCCCACCCACUCCGGCCUUCUCUCUCCUCACUCGAGCGGCCUCCAGACCCCUGAGUGUCUGUCACGGGAAGGAUCACCAGUGUCUCAUGAGCAUGACUUUGGUUCUAAGCUUGCUUCUGUGCCAGAGUACCGAUACUCCCAGAGUGCACCAGGCUCUCCAGUGAGCGCUCAGCCUGUAAUCAUGGCCGUGCCACCUCAGUCCUCAGCCGCGAUACCCAAGCCUGUGGCUUACAUGCCGGCCUCCAUCAUUAGCUCCUCCCAGGCCUCUGGUCAGGCCAUCCAUGUGGUGCAGCAGGCGCCAGCUGUCACCAUGGUUCGUGUAGUGACCACCUCGACCAGCUCCCCCAAUGGCUAUAUCCUGGCUAACACCACCUCAUCAGGCUCUGGAGAGGGACCCGGAGAUCAAAGAGUCUUUCCGUCUGUGGUCUGUGUAGGUGCAGUGGAGGAGAUGCCUGUGGUUGGCAGUAGAGUUAUUCAGGCUGUAGGGAGUCACAUAAGCUCGUCCAAUAGGGGGCAGCAGAGCUACACUGUUGUCCAGCAGAGUGCCAUGCACCAGCUUCCUGUGCAGACCAUUAGUCAGAAUGGCAAACAUGCUCUUCCUGUCGCCAGUGUACCAGCCAGUGCUUAUGCUUUUACCAAUCCUCUUCAGAUCUUGGCUGCGCAGGCUUCGACAUCCCCCCCUGUGCUGGUCAACAGGCCCUUCAGCAUGGAAACCGACGAGUCCAGCAUCGACGAGCCCGAACCCAAGCGGCCCAAAAAGGAGGAGGACAGUGUCGCUCCGGUCCCUCAGCCUGUAAUAGUUGCAAUGAAUCAAGAGGCCAGCGAAUGAACGAGUGAGUGAGCGAGUGAGCCGACGACCGAUCUCUAAAGCACAUCUCGCAAUAUCAUUAAACAAUAUUGAGGGAAACGUGUUUGGUUUUCUUUAAAGAGUUUUGUAAACGCCCGGCGCGGGUGACUGAUGGAAUGUCUUUGUAAGAAGAGGUUGUUGUUUCGUGGGGGGAAAUUCAUUGGCAGCAUUACGAUUCAAUGCUCACACAGUUUUAAUUUUGUAGGGGUUUUUAAUCUUGUAGGAAUAUUUUAAAGAAGUAUGAAGAGAGGUACAUGUGCUUAAAGACGCCAGCUAGGCACGUGCGCCCAGGUAGUUCCUCGCAAGGUACAGCUGAUGAGAGACUUCUUCUUUUCGGGAUGGGGUGGGACCAAUACCUAUGCAGCUAUUACGGUCUGAGACCAAGAGUGUCUCUGAAUUGAAGCAGUAUAUAAAAAGGGUCACAGGAAGCUGUGCGUCACUGCAGUCGCCUGUGCGGCCUUUGUGAGGAUUUAUUUAAAACGAAAAAAAGGCUAUCUUUGAUGAAACAAGAUUGUUACAACUCAAAGCAGAAAUGAAUAGAUAUAAUAGUGGCCUUUUCUAGCUGGAGUCCUUUAACCUACAUUAUUAUAGUGUACAAUAUAUUUUUCUGUGGAGGAUUCUUACUUUGCUUGCUUACUACAAGGAGAAAUGUCUAGAAAAAUGCUAAUUUCUUAAUUGGUCUAUGUUUAGCGCAAACGAUUAAAAAGAACUCGAUGAAUGUAAGUACCGUUUGUUUGUUUGUUAUGACUCAUGGCACCCACUUUUGACCUAAACAACAUAUUAAACCAUUAGAAUGUGUUUGUAGAUACAUUUUUGACGUUUCAUGUUUUUAAAAAAAAAAAAAAACCCUGUAAGUUCACCGUAUUUAAAGUAGCUUGGUUGUAUCUGUCCGUCACCUUUAAGAAAAAGCACUUGGCCAAAAUUCUGCUCCCUAAAUACCUUAAGCAACAUAAUCCCAAUUGCAUCAGCGGAUGAAUGCAAGCGCACGAUACAUUGCUGAUGUAUCUGAUGUCAACCAAAUGCUUUUCCAGACCUAGGAAUGUAACUGUUCAUAACAUUGAUUGUUGCAGGGGCUGUUUCUUCACUGACCGUCUGUGAUCACUUGUGGCACAGAAGCCACUAAAUGAAUGUUCAGUAUUUUUUUCUGAGAGUUCAAGAAACUUAUUUUUUAGUAAUAUACACAAAGUCAGCCUUUAAUGAGUCUGUCUAGUUUUACUAAGAGAAGAGUAAAUAUAUAUAUAUUGUUAGAAUGUGUUUUCAAGACAAUCACUAACAGGAUUCAGUAACCGCUUUGUAUGUUGCAAAUUAUACACGCCACAGAUGUGGAGUAAAGUAGCUUUACGUCAGCUUCUUUGUAUGCUAGUGGAGUUGUACAGUGACAGCCGUACAGUGUUGAUUUUGUCAUAGAAAUGGAAACUUCAACAGACCAAAUACAUAUCCUCAACAUUAGUGCCUUAGCGCUACACUUCUUUAAGGACUAAAUAAAACUAAAAAUCGUUGUGAUGUACUACUUUAAAGACGACAAACUUCAUCAAACUUAGUCGCUAAAAAAAUUAUUUGCAGGUUUGAAUGGACACAGAUUGUAAGAAAAAAAAAAUGUCUAGAGAUGAUGAAUCAAGUUGUGACUGGGAAUGACUGAGCAAUAUGAUAACAGAAGACGGAGAUUAAAUUUAGCUGCUUUUUUACUUUUUGAAACUUCUUACAGCUCAGUCGACUAAUGCAUAAAUCAAGAGGAAUCUGUCGGUAAACAGAAAAGCCUUUUGGUGGAUUUAAAGGAAAUGGUUCUAACAAAAAAUGAAAAGUUGCUGACUGAUGUACAAGAGUUUCUUUAUCUAAACAGAUUUGGAGAAAUGUUCUGGAGAGAAAGGACGCUGUCAGAAGGACAAACAUCUGAUUAAACAUCACAAUAAUUCACAGGCGGCCCACACGACUCUUGUCUUGUCAAGCAAAAAGCAGUGUUUGUAAGAAACAAACUUCAGACUGGCUGUCUGUUAUAUAGUCCAAUAUGUGAUUAUAUUGCUUACUCCAGAGAAAGUGGGCGAGUGAUGUAAUGUUAAAUUCCUCCAAAUCUGUUCCAAUGAAGAAAGAAACCUCGGAUUGCCUGAGGGUGAGUGCAUGUUUAGCACAUUUUCAUUUUUGUCCCUUAAAAGCUUUGAAGGAACAAUUGGAUUGAAACGUUGCAGAUAUCACUGCAAAAACAAGACUUUGUAUCAUGUACUCACAUGGGCUUUAAUAAACACAACAAAUGAACCACUGAUCCAUCUGAAGUAUAAUUAUUUUAAAAGAAUUAUUUUUUUUUUUUUUUGCUUGACUAAUGAAAGAAAUCCAUAUGUAGAUGUUUUUUUGGUUUUUUUAGAUUGUUAUGGAAUAACCAAUAGAACGGUGAAAAAAACAUCAUUGUUAACGUGCUUAUCGUACAGAAUUAGCGGUCACUGCCUAAAUAUUUUUUCAUCAAUGUUUUCACAAUUUGUCACAGUGUCUGUACGCAUAUAUAACCAUGGAGUAUUUUUAUCACAGAUUCAACUUUUUUUUUUUUAAUGUGUAUAUAUAAUUUCCUUUUGUGCUUCGUGUUGUGCAUAUUAGCAUAUGCAAGUGUUUAUACACUAAACGUUUCUAAUUUAAACUGAUUGUUGGUGUUUCUUUCUCUUUUGACUCUAGUUUGCAUUGUACACAAAACACACCCCAAAUCAGUCUGCUUUGUGAGAUCACGCCAUGCACAUGUAAAUGUCUGCAGAUUUGUCUGUUUUUUUAAUGUGUGUUCAACUACACAAAGUGUAUGAGGGCUUCUGUCCAUGCAAUUUAUGCAAUGGUGUAUCUGGAAUAAAUAAAAAUACUUCACUGGCUAAUCUUUUAAAUGAA